UUUACAUAACCCACUUUUUCAAAAUAUUUUCCAUUCCUUUUCCUCUAUUUUGUUGUAUAACUAAACAAAUAAAAUUCUGCCAGUCAAUAGCAUCUCUUGUAUUCCUAUUAAUAACCAAGAAGUAAAUAAAAAACUACUUUAGUUAAGAUUUAUUAAUAACCGUGAACUACAUAAAAAACCACUUCAAUUAAUAUUUAUUAACUGGUUUUCUUUUUUUUCUUCUUCUUCUCAAUCUUCAUUUUCAUCACACAAAUUCUUGAUAUGAGUAUCAUUGAGUUUGAACUUUUAAGUAAAGUUCCAUAUCCAAAUAUUGUGGAUUAGUAAACAUGAUCACAAGAUAACACUCUAAUAAAGAUAAUCAAUUAAGAUUUUGCUACAAAUUAAUUAAAAAAAUCUAAAAAUUCUUUAUAUCAAUAACACGAUACUUUAAAAAAUUUAGACUUUUUUUUUCUAUUGAAAUAAUGACAAACUUAUUCCUUAUGAUGGAACAUUAGACAGAAAUCCGUCGGAUUACCUAUCUUGUCAUUAUAAGAUAUCUAUUUCUAAAAUUGUUCAUAGAUUUUCUUACCAUAGAUAUCGUGAAUAUUUCUUAAAGAAAAUACAAUUUUAAACAAAAUUAUUUUUAAAAAAUUCUAUAAAUACAAAUUAAAAAGAGCCUAAGUUAAACGUAUGAAUCUUUUAUCCAUAUGCGAAUAUAUUGCCGCAAUUAGAAUAAAACGAAUUUUCUGUUUGAAAAUCAGGUUUGGCAUGCCAUUAGGGAAUUUGGGUUAAAGGGUAUAGUAGUCUUUUCAGUCACAGUUCAUGCUUUUGAAUUGGUUGGAUUGAUGAAACCACUCAAGUUAAGCUUUAAAUAAAGUAUCAUUAUAAUAUUAUUAUUAUCAUUUUAAUUUUAAAGUUUAAUUAAAGUGAACUGUUCAAACCAAAGAAACCAAAGCAAGUGCGCCACACACUCAUCGUUGGUGUGUUCCCAGUUAAGGUGGAAGCGAGUUGCUGUUUGAGAUCCUUUGUUGGUUCAUCUGCAUCACUCAGAUCCAUCACACUGUUUCGCAGAUCAGUCCGAUGUGAUGUAAAUCCUGCAGGCCUCACUAUGAAUAAAGCAUUUUCAUCGAAGAAAUCUUCCUCAUUGCCCCCACCACCUACACCAAGCACAGCUGCAUCAUCCUGUGCAAAAAAGAAGCGAAGUCCUAGAAGCCCUUUGCAGGAUCUCAACCGCAUUUCCAGCAGUAGCAACAGUAGUUAUGCUUCGAGCAGUGUCUCCACUGAAGCCCCAAAGGGAUGCCUCAGGUUUUUGUCAUCCUCUUCUUUUAGAACCCCUGUUCACAGACCCAAGAAUCUCACUAAAACUCCCAGAUCAGCCCCUCAUGCAGCUGCUUUGAAACUGUCUAAGUCUAAAUCCUCCAAGGAAAACAUUCCAAAGGGUGAUGCUGGGUUGAAAACUAAGACACUUGCAUUGGAUAAGGCGUGGAAUCAUAGGAAGAGGCCCCCUUGCCUCAACCAAUGGCAGUCUGGGAGGAAAUCAGGUUCUAGGACUGGCCAAAACCAAAUGUCCAAGCCUUGUUCUACUUUCAAAGACCGUGGCAAGUUUUUACCUAGGUUGCCAUCUGCACCGGACCAGGAGGAAAAAGAGAAUAUCUUGGUAGGCAGAAAUGAUAAUGCCGGUGAGCAUGACCAUGUCAUAUUGUGCCAUGGUGAUUUAAACUUGACUCCUUCGAGCAAAAACGCAACUGGGUCGUGUUUGGAAGAUGUUACAGUUUUUGGGGAUUUGGAGGAGAAUCCAAAUGCGAGCAUCAGUAGAACACCUCCAAUUCACAAUUCUGUUUCCCCAGAGAUACAAUGCGGGUCCUCUCUGGUUCCAAAAACAGUAACACCUACUUGUUAUGGCGCUGGCUAUGUUGUUUCUGGUGUUGUUGACAAGAGGAAAUGUAGGCCCAGAGGGAUUCUCACUGCUGAGAAGAAGUCUAUAGGCAGUGGUAAAGUAGCUGAUAGUAGUUUUGAUGAUGAUGAGAAAAAAGUAAUGGACACUAUUGACCAUACUAGUCCUUCCGUGUUACCGUUGCCAACUGAAGCUGUAGUGCAUUGGCUUUCUUCUCCAAGUAACAAGGGAAAGAACAUUCUGAAUCAGAAGUUUGAAAAUGGAUUAAAUCAAAGUCAGGGACUAGCAUCAUCCAUAACUCUUGCUUCCACUACUUCCCCAUCAUCCGGUUCCAAGACUUUUUGGGAUGUAAGUGAUAGCAGUGAUUUGUCUGGUGGUGCCAAUGGUAUCAUGAGAAAAAUCAGUUCUUCAAUUUCUCCAAAUGGGCUUGCUGAAUUUCAAGCACCCUCUGAUUACAUGCUAUCGCCUUCUUAUUCAUCCUUGUUGUUUUCUCCCAAUCCCACACCUAUUUGUAGGGCAGGUAUCUCAGGAAAAGGAAAAAGCGAUCGAUACAAUCUCAUUGAUGAGAAUUCACCCUUUUCCCUGAAUUCAUUUGGCAGUGGAAAUGUUAUUCAAACUCCACAAUCUGAUUCUAGUUCAGAAUUACAUGUUAGAUUAUCAUUGGUGCAUGCAGACAAUCAAAAGGAAAAUAAUUCUAACCCUGGCCUUAACUCAUCCAGGAACGUACUUCUAUCAGAAAGCUUCCUUCUCAAUAGUUCGAUGCCCCCGGUGGAUUCUGUUAAUUCAAGUUUUCAAUUUGAUUGUUUAAAUAUGUCUUAUGAAUCUAUUGAUCUCAGUAAACUUCCAAAAUUUUUGGAUGAUCAGGACCCUUGGUUAUCGAGUUCUACAACAGUGAAUGCUUCACAGUCCCAAAUGAGAAUAUCGUGGAGGGAAGGGUCACUGAGCCAACCUUACGAGCUAGAUGAGUGUGACUGCUGUAGAUGCUUGUCAGAUGAAGAAGAAAAUGUCAAUGACUCUGAUAUCAAUAAGUUUUCAGGUCCUCAAGUCAUUAUGGAAACGAAGGAUGGAAAAAAAUUGAGCAGUGAUAUUGCAAUUCUUGAAACUGAGGAUAAUGAACAGGAAAUUGACGGCCUUGGCAAAGAAAAGUUUCGAUCUUUGAUGUCAUGUUCAGCUGCCGAGUCCCUAAGCAUUGAUGGUGGCGGUCUAAUUGCUUCAGGGGAUAGUCUGGACUUUAUGCCGCGAGAAGAAGUUAUUUGAAGUGUGAGUCGACCCUUCAUAGUUUGAUUCAUUUGUGAAAAAAAAAAAAACUUGUUGUAAUGUAACGUAACACCCCCUCGAUCUAGAUGGCUAUUUGAUCAAGUUCUAAACUUCCUCUAAGGCUACGUGGAAAUUCGCCUCGCUGAUGAUGUGCACUUUUCUUGUAUAUAUAACGGGGUGAAGGAAGAAUUUCGACUUGGUUGGAAGCAAAAUUUUCUCUACUUCCAAUUUAGGAAUAAUUAGUGGUUAAUCAGAUCGAUAGUGGCUACUUAGUAACCAUUCUUUGAAUAUAUCAUCUAUUGGUUGAGAAAUUGAUGCUUCAUAAACUAUACAUUUUUUACGGACACAUUUAUUUUUGUAAUGUA